ACAAAGCCACCACUAGCACCGAAACCAAAGAUUAUCGGACAUCUUUCUCCAGUAGCUGUCUCCAAAUUUUCUCCUUCACUGCCAAGGGCUGAUAUUCUUCAUAACCCGAACUCUAUGUCUAGGGGUCCUAAACCACCUAUUGCUCCCAAGCCAAAAUUCUCAGUUGACACUGAGGGCAAAUCCAGUGUUUAUGCCAACAACAACUUAAAUAAAUGCUCAAAUGGGAAACUGGUAUGUUUUGAUGGAGAGCUGUGUGAAGGAAACCAAUGCAAUGUUGAUUGCUCAGAAUCUGAGGCAGAUAAUGAAUACAUUGUAGUUCCUGAAGUUCAGCAGACCAACAAAGAUUGUAACGACUUAGAUUCCUCUCUGGAAAAUGAAGUCUUGGCAACUCCAGAAGAGGUAGAGAAGGCAGAGGAUAACGUUGUUAAUGAUGAGGAUACCAGUGAUCAAGAAGUCACUGAAGAUAAGCACCCCAACUCUUCAGAUAUUGCUGAACCAAUGGAACCAGACUCUGAAGAGUCCCCCAGAGACUGUGACCAGUCCAAAGCACUUUGUGAGUCCUCAGGUGCCCCUGAUGAGGAUAAUGAUGCCUCUGAGAAUGCAGAUGACGAUGAGGAUAUCCUAGGUGAUUGUAGUGAAACCAAAAACAAGGGGGAAACUUCUAACAACCUGGAAGUGGUUAAGGACAAUAGUGAUUGUAAGACUGACAGUGAUAACAUUUUGAAUAGAGAUGAAGAACUAAUGGGCAAUACCUGUGAAAAUACCAUUGUAGUGCCAUUACCUGCAGACGAAUCAACCCCAGGUUGUGGGAAUGCAGGGCAGGAGAAGGAGACAGAACUGCCUGAGAUUUUAGAAAAAGAAGAUGGGUGUCUAGCACACGAUCAUGACCACUGUGCCCAUGCAGAGCUUGAUUUGAACAUGGAAGGGGAGUUAGAAAAUGAUGACUGUGUAAGCCCUGACAUGCUGCCUGGUAAGACCAGUGAAGAAACAGCUUCUGGCCUAGAACCAUGUGAAGAUGAAAUCAAUGCUGAAGAUUAUUUAGGAGAGCCCUUCAAUCAAGCAGCAGCUGAAGAGGAGGAAGCAGACCCAGAUGAGCACAAUAAUAAAAUCACGGGAAAUGCCAUUGAUGUCUGCCAGCUCACUGAGAGAAGAGGUGAAGAGAAAACAUCAGAGGUAGCCUGUGAAGCAAGCCAAAACUAUGGGAAAGCGGAAGAAGAAACUAUGAAUGCAGAAAACACAGACGAUGACUGUCAAAUUGCUUCUUGUGAGAAAGAAUGGAGUGAGGAAAUAGCCAUGGAACAUUCAGAAGAGAAUCUUCAAACGGAAGGGACCUCUCUGGAUGAAGAUGAUGUGAUCUCUGAUAGUCUACCUACUAGUCCAGGGAUGGAGCCAGAGCUGGAAGAUGUGACUGUUGAAGAGCACAAUGAAAGUAUUGUAGAAACCUCUGAGUCAGAUGAGCUGCAACUUCAAAACAAUGAGGUGAAAGCAAACAGCCUCAGCAAAAGUGUCUCAAGUCCACCUCAACAGAUCCCACUUGAGGACGAGUUAGAAAUCUGUAAGCAUGAUAAAAUGAAUGCAGAAUGUGUCUUGCAUGAAAAUCUAGCUGUCCCUAAAGUAGCCAUUGUGCCUGAUGAAUCAGAGGAAAGAGAAACUAGCAGUGAUUCCCUAGAUGAUCCUUAUGUGCUUCCUGCAGAAAAUGAAAUUGCUCAUGAUGGGCAGACUGAUUUAGGAGCUGAUCACAGUAAAAGGGAUGAAUUAGGCAUGGAUGGUGAAAACAACUUGCUGCCCAUUGAUCGUAAAAGCAUUGUCACUAGAACACGGUCGCUGUCUGGGAAAAUGCCAGGCUAUGUCCCAGAAACAGUUCCAGAAGAAACUGGACCCGAAACUGAUUUACGGUCUUCCUGCAAUGGCUCUGGCAUAGCAGAUUUCAGGAAUAAUUUAUUUACGGUGGAAGGAAAACCAAUGGAAGUCAACAGGGCAGUACCAACCAAGUCAAGACGUUUCAUUUUAUAUCCUCGAUCUUAUUCUGUUGAAGGGAGAGAGAUACCUGUCUCUGUUUACAGGGAAAGUGAUGGCUGUGUACUGGAUGAUGGUAGAAUAAAAAGGACAGAAGACAGCUUGUCUUUGCCGUGUGUCAAUGGUUCCUCAGGUAGUUUUUCCCAGAGAAAUCAUCUUUUACCAUGUGGUAUAUCUACUCCAUCCUCAGUUGUUGAUAUACCACCUCCAUUUGAACUUGCCUACAUCACCAAAAAGCCAAUCACUAAAAGUUCCCCUUCACUUUUGAUAGAGAAUGACUCAUCUGAUAAGUAUUCCAAGAAAAAAAAAUCUUCCUUUAAGAGGUUUCUUACUUUAAAAUUCAAGAAGAAAACUGAAAAUAAAGUCCAUGUAGAUGUUAAUGUUUCCUCUUCAAGGUCCUCAUCAGAGUCUAGCUAUCAUGGGCCUCCAAGGCUGAUAGAGAUGGACAGGAGGAGCCUAAGUGGCUCACCUCAACUAAAAUCACAUGUGGGGAAGUUCCGUGCAUCUGAGUCUCCCUCAGCUGUUCUUUUCUACAGGGAUGGUAAAAGAAAAGGAACGCCCAAGUCCUUCACUAUGAGCUCUGACUAUGAAAAUAUACAAAUUCCUCCUCGAAGAUCCACCAGAGCAGGAACUUUUACUGAGUUUUUUGAAGAUCCCAGCAGGGCAUUAUCUGCUGCUAAUGAAAAUGAUGGCUAUGUGGAUAUGAGCAGCUUCACUGGCUUUGACAACAAGCAGCAAACUACAGACCAGGAAACAGAAAGUGCCUACACUGAGCCCUACAAGGUGUGCCCAGUCUCUGUGAUACCAGUGGAGGUCGUCACAUCAGAUGAGGAACAGAGGAGUUCAGAAGACGAGGAGAGCAGCCCUAGUGAUCCCAGUCUCAUCAACAAGAAAGAAGGCCAGUCCAGAGCUUACCUCAUUGCCCAGGAGCUGAUGUCUUCAGAAAAAGUAUAUGUGGAGAUGCUCCAGCUGUUAUGUAUGGAUUUCUAUGAAGGUAUCCUGAAAGUGCUUGGAGAGGAAGGUGAAAACGAACAGGAAGAAAAUAAACUCAAGCAGGGUUUAAGUGAACUCCCUGAAAUUUAUGAAUUACACCAAGACAUCAUGGGUGAACUGGAAGAAAGAGUCCUUAAAUGGGAAGAACACCAGAAAGUUGCUGAUGUUUUUCUUUCCAGAAAAUCAAGGCUGAAUCACCACACAGCAUACAUUAUGCAGUUUGAUAAGAAUUUGGCUUUGCUAGAUGAAACCUGCCUUAAAGAUUCCCAACUGGCUACCAUAAUUCAGGAGUUUGAGCAGAGCUCUGGUGGCAGCCCUCAGAGCGUGAAACACCAGCUUUUGAAAGUGGUGCAGCGUGUCUUCCAGUAUCGUGUGCUGCUCACAGAUUACCUGAAUAAUCUUUCCCCUGAUUCUACAGAGUAUGAAGCCACACAAGCUGCCUUAUUAAUUGUUUCUGAAAUCACUGACCGAGCCAACGAUAGCAUGCUCCAAGCGGAAAACUUGCAGAAGCUCGUACACAUUGAGAACAGCGUGAGAGGGCAGAGCAGCCUCCUCCAGCCAGGAAGGAUCUUUGUUAAAGAGGGAACGCUGAUGAAAGUCUCUGGCAAAACCAGGCACCCUCGGCAUUUGUUUUUGAUGAAUGAUGUUCUGCUGUAUACAUAUCCCCAGAAGGAUGGCAAAUACCGACUGAAAAACACCUUGGCUGUGUCAGGCAUGAAGGUCAGCCGCCCAGUGACAGAAAAAGCCCAAAACGUCCUGAAGAUUGAAUAUGAUGAAUAUUGCCUGACCCUGUCAGCAAGCUCUUGCUCGGAAAGGGAUGACUGGUACAGCUGCAUCAGCAGACACAUCCCAGAUGACUACAGCGCUCACAACACUUCCACUUUCCACAGCAGCGUGGAGCUAAGGGAAAGGCUUGGAAUAUCCUUGGGUGAGAGACCUCCUACUCUGGUACCUGUGUCCCAUGUCAUGAUGUGCAUGAACUGUGGCUGCGACUUUACUCUCACUCUGAGGCGACAUCACUGUCACGCCUGUGGGAAGAUUGUAUGUCGAAACUGUUCAAGAAACAAGUACCCUAUGAAGUACCUCAAAGAUCAAGCAGCCAAAGUCUGCAAUAGCUGCUAUGCGGAACUUAAGAAAAGAGAGCGACCACUAAGUGUGAGCUUCCCUCCAACUUCAUCCAGGUCUUCAAGCAGUGCCUUCUCCUCUGUCUUCCACAAUAUUCAUUAUUCAUCUUUUAAGAAACAGAAGAAGAUUCCUUCAGCUCUUAUGGAGGUGGCAGCCUCAGGAGAGGGAGCUACCAUCAGCGGUUACCUCAGCAGAUGUAAGAGAGGCAAAAGACACUGGAAGAAACGCUGGUUUGUUAUCAAAGGCAAAGUCCUCUACACCUACAUAGCAAACGAGGUACUGUGCAAUCUGACUUCAAAUACUUUCCUGUCUGAGCUCCCACCUUUACUCCCUGCAGGCAGCACAGGUGAAUGCGAAAG